GCUCCCGAAAAAUCAAAAUUAUUUUCUAAAAAAUAUAUUAUUGCGAUUGUAUUUUGUGAAACGUUGUAGUCUUUCUCACAUUCUCACAUGAAUCUCAUUGAUUUGAUUUUCUACGAUGUCCUGCCAGCUUGGACGCUAUCCGGGUUGUCAGCAUCGGCUAUUGGAGGAACUGGGUCGGGCUGGUGGGGACUCGGAGCUGCUCGACUUGGACGCUCUAAUCGAAUUGCCCUACCUGAGUGCCUGUUUUAAUGAGAGUCUCCGGAUGUAUCCGGCCUCUGGGUGGGCAUCCAAGACCUGUACCCGGGACUACGAGUUGCUGGUGAAGCUCCGUCCCGGCGACAAUGUGAUGAUUCCUGAUAUCUACCCGGAGCCGGGCGAGUUCCGACCGAAGCGGUUCCUCGAUGGCGGACUCAAGCGGUCCAAGCAGCAGGGCGUAUUCCUGGGCCUCGGGAAUGGCCAAGAAGAUUUCCCCAAAUUUGGGGGUCUCCGUAGGCCGGCCGCUUCCAUAAAUAGGCCCAAACUUAAUGGCCUUAAAUAAGGCCUUUAUAAGAUCCUCAUAUAGGACCUUAGAACACUCCGAUCAUAUUCCAUAUGCACUACUUUUUUUUUUGUUUUGUGAUUUAACGAUAACUUGAUGAUAAUGAUGGACCACUAAUAAAAAUUUAAGAGUUAA